UCCUCUUCCUAUUUCCCUUCCCAUUUCCUCCCCCCUCACCCGUUUCCUCUCCCCUUCCUCCCCCCAGAGCCACCGUCCAGACAAGGAAUGGCCGCUGUGCAGCCUCCGCUUCUACCUGGGGGUGAAGAAGAAGCUGCGCCCCCCGACCUGUUGGGGUUUCACCGUGUUCCAUGAGAACGAGAAGCACGAGCGGCAGCAGUGGUAUCUGUGCUGCAACACACAGGCCGAGAUGCGAGAGUGGUUUGCGACCUACAUGCAUGCAAAGACCGGCGGCUCCCUGUGGCCAUCGCAGUCUCUGAUUGGUCGCCCGUCCCGUCGCUCUCCGGAUCCCCGCUUAAGCGCCGCCCCCCUGAUCCCGCUGCGUCCGUCCGACGGCUCCGACCCACAGAGAGUGAGUGGGGCGGCCCCAUAGGGACACAUAGCGCCC